AUGCAAAGAACGAAGCUAUUCUCGGAGCCUACGGUAGAAGCAGAGGCCGCGCCGCUCUUGGAUGCCGGCUUUACGGCGUAUCCUGCCGGACUUAAGAUUUCGGACGACUUUGACCACGAUGCCAAGCCUGUCCAAGUCCCAGCCAGCGUUACGCUCGGCCAUCAGGGCAUGAUUCUCUCAGUGGAGGACAUUGGUAAAUGCCUCGAGUCGCAAUUUGCGGAGUACCCGGAUCGUUUCGAAAUUAUCAUCUGUGCGGGAUGUGGGCAUCGGUUUGCGGGGCGAGCAGACCCAAAGACGGUGACAAAGAAUUAG